AUGGAACUGCCCGAAUACUUCCCUGGCGAGCACCUACAGACUGCUCAAAUCAUCGCGACCGGCACCACAAAUGUCAUGAUGCCAGAGUGCCUGAAGCUCAUUUUCUAUAAAGUCUCGAACAACAUGGUCCGAAGAUGGGAGGCUGAUGACUUUGAGAAUCUUUAUACCAUCGUCUUCAAGACCGGACUUUUGGGUGCCGUAGGGAGUCUCAAGAGAGCCCGACAACAAGAUCUGACCAUCAGAGCAUUCAUGGAUAAUCUUUUCAGAGACCUCAUCUGGUCCAUCUGCUAUGACAAGACAAUGGUCAAUAUGGAGAGUCCCAAGACUCUACUAAGAUGGCUCCUUUCUUUAGGCCAAGAUCCUAACAUCGAACACAUACAGGCCGGCUCCAUAAAGACGGCACUGGAGCUUGCGAUUUUGUCUAGACGGGUAGAGAUAAUUGAACCGCUUCUGAAGGCUGGUGCUGUUGUCGGUGGGACUUGGAGGAGUUCUAAUCCUGGGUCGAUCAUAAGCUUCGUACUGCCUGAUCGAAUCUGUGAUAACGAAGGAACGCACAUCAUCAGGCUCUUGUUGCGCCACUAUAAGGUUUUAACUGCAGAAGAAAUCCUCCAUACGGCUAUUCUACUGCAGGAUGAGCGCCUUUUUGAACAAGCAUUAAAUACUGGCGCCAAUCUUUCGCUUCCUAUCGAAACGCUGACAGACAGGUUGCAACCUGUGAAUUCUAACGUCGUCAAAGAGGAGACAGCUUUGAGCACGGCUGCUGCAGUCAGCAUUCAAGCAACAAGGAAGAUUUUCCACCUUCUCCACAACCAAUAUCAGGGCAUCGAAGCGGCGUCGUUUAUCACGGCCGACGUCUUCAUUUCAGCAGCAUGUGCCGGGAACGCUGAUGUGAUAUCGUUUCUUCAUGAAAUCAACCCUGUCGGUUUCAGGCGCAAUGCACGCGGCGUAACACCUUUGGAAGUUGCUAUCAAACAAGGCCAUCAGGAGGCUUACCAGUUACUGUUCAAGCUCUAUCGUCAAUCCAACGCCACUCUUCUGCUUAUUCCGAUACUGACAGACCAACUUGACAUAUUACAUUACCUCCUGGUAAAUGGGCUUGACGUCAAUCUUACGACAAAACAAGCUGAUAUAAGUGCAUGUAAGUUCUUGAUGGGAAAGGAUGUCCUUUCUCGGAUUUAUGAACACCAAUCGCCGACUGUUUUGGAGCUAUUUCUCGACCAUAUAUCACCCGGAGAUGACUGGAAUGACGGGAUCAAACUCCUUGUUAGAUCGGGAGCCUUUUUGCCUACACAAGCAAUUCUUCAAUUGUCAAGUGCAGGAUAUGACGACGUACUUUCUGCUGCUCUAGAUGCAGGAGGCGACCCGAACGUACGAAACUCAAACGGACACAGCGCGCUUAUGUUGGCUAUACAAAGGCAAAGAACAAACUGUGUUCAGCUGCUUCUAGAAAGGGGCGCUAAACUGCAAACAUCGACUUAUGAAGUGUUGGAAGCCCUCGUACCUCAGCAUGUGUGCAACAUUGAACGGAAGUGCGGCGCAUGUGACCCGAGUCUCAGAACACUUCUCUUGAAAUACUGGGCAAGCGUUUUCAACACCAACGAGAACAGUCUGUAUGAUAUUGACGCUGCGAUCAUCGCACAACAUGAUGCCCAGCUCCAAAGUACAUUUUCAGAAUUGCCAACAUACUACACCUCAUCAAGCUUAUGCUCUGCUGUGCUAGUUGAGAAUCACUGGGUUAUUGACUUUCUUCUCAGCAAUAGACCUCUUCAAGCACCUCACGAUAUUUUAGAAGGAACCGCAGUUGGCUUGGCCGCAAUGUUAGGUAAUCUUCCUUUGGUACGAAGGCUUAUAGCGCAGCUUCAUAAACCAGAGACCGCACUGCUUCCGUUUGUCGCCUUGGAUUGUCCCUUCUUAUUCUCUUCCCGUACAGGUCUUAUCAUCACUUUAUCACACAUUUUCUGGCAUCAACGCCCGAGCGACUAUGAUAAUUUUGAUGGCCAUCGUGGUCUUUCUACGGGCAGUCCACUGGCUUUAGCCGCCUCCUACCAAGGAACAGUUGGGGUUUUAGAGCUUUUUAGUCACGGUUAUCAGCCUGACGAUAUCACAUGGGCUAGGGCUUUUAGUAUGGCUACUCAUGAUUGUUUGAAGGCGCUCAUGGAUCACCACCUGCAGGCAGGGAAUCUUCAACUACCGCUAUUGACACUUUCGCGCUUCCUGGAAUAUGCAAUACAUCAUGAAAUGGAGGAAGCUGUCGUCUGGCUUAUUAAGUCAGGAGCGGACAUCAACAAUAAUGAUGUGUUUGGCGACACAGGCCGCUCACCUAUCCAACUUGCUAUUGGACUUGGCCAUUGGACUAUCGCUGAGAGCCUUCUGCGGUCUGGAGCAAAUGUUAAUGCUGCACCAUGUUUUUAUCAAGGCGUAACACCUUUACAAUGUGCCGCCAUUGAGGGACAUAUUGGAUUAGCGAAGCAGCUUCUAGAUGCUGGUGCGCGAGUCAAUGCACUGGGUAGCCGACUCUAUGGCAGAACAGCCUUGGAAGGAGCUGCUGAGCGCGGGCGACUUGAUAUGGUUGAACUUUUACUUCACCACGGUGCACUUACAACAGGGCCUGGGAGAUUCCAGUUCAUUCGAGCUAUUCGUCUUGCAGAGCGACAAGUGCAUCAUGCCACAGCAGCAUUGUUACGGCAAUCGAGGGAAUGGACGUAUGAGGAUACACAUACUUAUGAUUCAAGUUGUGCGGAAUGCGGUUAUUACUUUUCUGGGCCGAGACCGAGUGGCAUAGGGUGUCCCCAUUGUGACAGCCCCCAUACCCCAGGGCGAUAUUGCUGUGAUGAGAUCCACAUGCCAGAGGAUAACUGUUACCACUGUUACACGGAAGACGAGGAGAGUCGUUACCGUCGUCAACUACAGAAGAGGGAGAGCGAAUCAGAAGAGGAGAGCGAAUCAGAAGAAGAGAGCGAAUCAGAAGAGGGGAGCGAAUCAGAACAGAACGUAGAGUCAGAGGAAAGGAUGGACUUAGCACAUGCUGAUCCAUGGGCUAUGGGUUCAGAGGACGUUCUUUUGCGUUAUACGUGUCUUUAA